AUGGCAGAUAUUCCAGAAUCUUUAAAACCUUUUGUUACAAACAAACUAAUUCAUUCUACUUGGGCAGGAACUUUUUUAUGUAAACCACAAGCAAUUUUCCAACCUAGAAAUGUUGAAGAAAUUCAAGAAUUAAUCAAACAAGCUAGAUUACAUAAGAAAACCAUUAUGACAGUUGGAUCAGGUCAUUCACCAAGUGAUUUAACCAUGACUAAAGAAUGGUUGUGUAAUUUGGAUAAAUUUAAUCAUGUAUUAUUAGAACAACCUUAUUAUGCACCAAAAUCAAUUACUGAUAAAACCCCUGAAAUUAAAUUUGUUGAUUUAACAGUUGAAUCUGGCAUAAGAAUUUUUGAAUUGAAUGAAUAUUUAAAAAGAAAUAAUUUAGCAAUUCAAAAUUUAGGUUCAAUUAGUGAUCAAUCUAUUGCUGGAUUAAUUUCUACUGGUACUCAUGGAUCAACUCAAUAUCAUGGAUUAAUUUCUCAACAAGUAGUAUCAGUGAAAUUUUUGAAUUCAAUUGGAGAAUUAAUCACUUGUUCUAGUAUUGAUAAACCAGAAUAUUUCCGAGCCAUUUUAUUAAGUUUAGGGAAAAUAGGAAUAAUUACUCAUAUCACUUUAAGAACUUGUCCUAAAUAUACCAUUAAAUCAAAACAAGAAAUCAUUAAUUUUGAAACUUUAUUGAAUAAUUGGAAUAAUAUUUGGUUAGAAUCAGAAUUUAUAAGAAUUUGGUGGUUCCCAUAUACUAAUAAAUGUGUCUUAUGGAGAGCUAAUAAAUCAAUUGAUCCAUUAUCUGAUCCAAGACCUUCAUGGUAUGGUACUAAAUUGGGAAGAUUUUUUUAUGAAUCUUUAUUAUGGAUUAGUGUUAAAUUUUUCCCUAAAUUGACUCCAUUUAUUGAAAAAUUUAUUUUCAAUCAACAAUAUGGUAAAGUAGAAACUUUAGGUAAAGGUGAUAUUGCUGUACAAAAUUCAGUAGAAGGAUUAAAUAUGGAUUGUUUAUUUAGUCAAUUUGUUAAUGAAUGGUCAUCUCCAUUAAAUUCUGGUCCAGAUAUAUUAAUAAAUUUGAAAAAAAUCAUUAUUGAUGCUGCUGAAAAAAAUGAUUUUUAUGUUCAUGCUCCAAUUGAAAUAAGAUGUUCUAAUGUUACUUAUUCUAAUGAACCAUUUAUUGAUGAUAACAAUAAGAAAUCAUUAUAUCCAUCUCAAGAAUGGCUUUCAAAUCGUUCCAAAACUAGUGCUGGACCAAUUCCUGGUAACAAUUUACGACCAUAUUUAGAUAAUUCUCCUAAAUUACCAUAUUGUAAAAAUGAUAAAAUUACAAAUGAUCAAUUAACUUUAUUUAUUAAUGCUACAAUGUAUCGUCCAUUUGGUACUAAUGUUGAAACUCAUAAAUGGUUUCAAUUAUUUGAAAAUGUUAUGAGUAAAGCUGGUGGUAAACCUCAUUGGGCUAAAAAUUUUAUUGGAUUAACUCAAGAUGAAAAAUAUGAUAAACUGUCAGAUUUAAAAACUCAAUUGGAAUUUGGAGGUAAACCAUUUUAUACCAUGUUAGGAUUUAAACCGGUAAUGAAAAAUUGGUUUGGUAAAGAUUUGAUUGAUUUUAAUAAUGUGAGAAAACAAACUGACCCAGAAGGUGUUUUCCUUUCUGGUAAAGUAUGGGCAGAAAGAAAUGGGAUUUUAUUAGACUAA